AACUGUACAAAUUCAGAGAAAGUUCUAGUGUGUCCACAUGGUGAGACAUACCCAGCAAGUGAUGAUGCACGCCAGGCCAUUAAUAUAAAAGCUGAGGAAGUCUCAGACUCGCAAGUGGAUCCUGUGCAAACUACAGUUCAGGAGAUAAAGGCUGAACCUGAGGAUAAUUUGAAUGAACUUCAACCUGUACAUGGGGAGGAUCGACAGUAUUCCUGUGAUGAGUGUGGUGAAUCGUUCAGUCAUCAGAAUUUUGUGAGAGCACAUCGACGCAAGCAUAGUGGGGAGCAGCUGUUUUGUUGUGAUGACAAUGAACAAAGCCCAAAAAUCCAGAACUUNGAACUGGGUCUGUUUCGGUCCUCUGCUGGGGAGGGGGGGCACAAUUGCUCUGCUGGGUCCAUUAGAGAGAGCUCUUUCUUACAGGACAAUGGACAAAGUCCAAAAAUCCAGAGAUUCCAGAAACCUUUAGAGUCUACAGAUAUUACUCACAUAAACCGUGUGGAGCAGAAGGAUGUGGAGAUUGUGUCCAUUUCACUGUCAGUGUGCUUCAACUGUUUGCAUGUCAUGUCAUAUGCUAACAUAGCCAAGAUGGGCCACAGAAGCACGGUUCUUCCUCCUCAACACUGUGGGGUUAAGUGGCGUUGUUGGUGA